UCAGUUUGGCGGGCUGCCAGCUGGACUAGUUCUAAAUUUAAAUUGACGGCAUCCACGAGCAGACGGUCGGGCCGAACGGAUAGUGUGUUUCUAGUGGUCGUCGCGAAACCUACAAUAUUAUUAUUACCGUCACAAUAACAUAACAAUAAUAAUAAUAUGAUCUCGUUAUGGCAAAUAGCGUUGCUGUUCGCCGUUUUUUGUCGGUCAAAAAAUGUCAUCGACGGUUACGUGGACAACGGCACGGCGGUGCCUCUCACCAUCGUGGGACUUUUCGACAGCGAAAACAGCAUCGAACGGCAAGCGUUUGAAUUGGCCGUGCAAAAAGUCAACAUAGAUCCGGCGUUGUCCGACGUCUUCUUGAAAGCUCAGAUCGAAGUGAUCGACUAUUCGGAUUCGUACAAAUCCAGCCUGAAAGUUUGCGAAACACUAGACUCCGGCGUGAGGGCAGUGUUUGGCCCGUCUCACUAUGAGUCGGCAAACGUUAUACAAUCAAUGUGUGAAAAAAUGAACGUACCAAGGAUAGAGACCAAUUGGGAGAACACGCCAAUUGAUCAGUUCGACUACUACUUCAGUCCGUAUCCCGAACCCAAGAUACUGGCCAAGGGUUACACGGCCAUAGUAGAAGACAUGGAUUGGUUGUCGUUCACGUUGCUGUAUCAGCGGACACAGGGUUUGCUAAAACUACAGCACUUGAUCCAACAUUACUCGGCCAAGACCAAGCCCAACGACAAACAAGCGGCCGCUAUCAAUAUCAUACAGUUGCCCGAAGACAACAAUUUCAGACCCAUAUUGAAAGACAUUAAGAAAUCGUUGGAAGGUCACAUAGUGUUGGACUGCGACACGGAUUUGAUAUUGCCCGUGCUGAAACAAGCAAAAGAAGUCAACUUGCUGGACGACUACCAUAGUUUUAUCAUUACUUCUUUGGACGCACAUACGGUAGACUUCAGGAGCUUGGGCCGAAGCUCGCGCACCAACAUCACCACCGUGCGGCUGAUCGAUCCCAAAAAUCCCGAGGUCGAGACCAUCAUACAAAAUUUAAAUUUCGCUCAAAGAAGACUCAACCUGAACAUCCCUCCGUUUCGGGCCGACACCAUUACAGCGAACGCGAUACUCAUAUACGAUGCGGUUAAUAUGCUUGCCAAAGCCCUGCACGGUAUUGGCGGUACGUCCAAGAUCACGGCCGACUCCCUGCAAUGUCAAAAUGCUCCAUUCACAAGCUGGUCCAAGGGAUUCGAACUCAUCAACUACAUGAAAGUGCUGGAAAUGGACGGUUUGUCUGGAUCGAUGCGGACCGACCCGAAAACGGGGCACCGGUCGUACUUCACUUUGGAAAUGGUAGAGCUCACCGACAACGGUUUCAAGAAAAUAGGCCUUUGGGACCCGGAAAAGGGUAUGACGUACACCAGAACUAGUACCGAGAUGCUGGAAGACUUAGUGGCGGCCAGUAAAAACAAAACGUUUAUCGUUGCGACUAAAAUCACCGAGCCGUACUUCAUGUUAAAAGAAGGGCACGCCAAGUUGGUGGGCAACGAUAAGUACCAAGGGUACGUGGUCGACUUGAUACAAAGAAUAGCGGACGACAUCAACAUCACCUACGAGUUUCGGUUGAGAAACGAUGGAAACGGAAGGCGUGACAAGAAAACCGGAAAAUGGGACGGCAUCAUCGGCGAAGUUCAAGAAUUGAGAGCAGAUUUGGCUGUUUGCGAUCUGACGAUAACGCAUGAACGGAGGUCCGCCGUGGAUUUCACCAUGCCUUUCAUGAACCUAGGUAUCAGCAUACUGUUCAGUAAACCCGAGGAACCGCAAACUAACCUGUUUUCGUUCACCCAGCCGCUUUCUUUCCAAGUUUGGAUAUUCACAGCCACGGCUUACUUAGGUCUAUCUCUGGUGUUGUUUUUUUUGGCCAGGAUCACUCCCAACGAAUGGCAAAACCCUCAUCCGUGCAACCCCAAACCAGAAGAACUAGAAAAUUCUCUGUCGCUGUUAAACUGUUUGUGGUUCUCAAUGGGUUCGAUUCUCGCUCAAGGAAGCGAUAUCCUGCCAAGAGCAUUCCCGACCAGGUUAUGUGCUGCAAUGUGGUGGUUCUUUGCGUUGAUUAUGACACAGUCGUAUACGGCUAACUGGACAGCGUUUUUGACAUCAAACAGAAUGGAAACGACCAUUAAGAACGUAGAAGACCUGGACAAAAAGGCUGGCACGGGAGGCAUUAAAUACGGUUGUUUGAAAGAUCAAUCUACCGCCAGUUUUUUUCAGCACUCGAACGUAAAUCUAUACCAGAAACUGUGGAGCGGCAUGGAAAUGUUUGGCGAUUCGGUUAUGGUGUCGGACAACAAACAAGGCGUAGACAGAGUGAAAAAAGAAAGAAAUCAUUAUGCGUUUUUUAUGGAGUCCAGCUCUAUCGAAUAUGAAGUCCAGAGGAACUGCGACUUGACCGAAGUCGGUUACUGGUUGGAUAACAAAGCGUACGGUAUCGCUAUGCCAUUCAACGCUCCUCAUAGAACGGCUGUAAACAUGGCGGUAUUGAAAUUAUCAGAAUCCGGAGUGUUGAUGGAACUCAAAGAAAAGUGGUGGUCCGUGCCGGAUGAACAAAAGUGCAAAGAUUUCAAAAAACUCGACGAACUCGAUGUGAGUGAAGUCGGUGGUAUGUUUGUCAUAUUGAUACUUGGAUGCUUGAUUGCGUUUCUUUUUUCCAUACUCGAGUUUUUGUGGAACAUAAGAAAAGUCGCGGUCGAAGAAAAGUUGACACUCUUCGAAGCUUUUAUGGUGGAAUUCAAGUUCGUUUUGAAAUGUCACGGGACUUCAAAGCCGGUGAGGCAUGUCGACAGGAGCUCGUCCGACUUAUCCUAAUGGAGCCAUUUACCGCAAUAAUAGUGUGUUUUGUCAUACCGGUGUGUAUUCUUUAAAGGCACACUGCGUGUACAUGCGUCAUUGUUACUAUUAAACAGUUUAUCAUAAUAUUAUUCUAUACUAUUGUUACUUUGUUUGGAAUAGUACAAUUUUUGUUGAAAACGGUUUGUACGUUUUGUGUGUGUAAUACAAACGAUGUCGUUGGUAAACAGAGGACUAUAUGUACAAAAUAAAAAAUAAAAUUAAUACAAAUAAAAUCGUG